AAAGGUCAUGCUAACCAGUGUCUCCGGAACUGAUUAAGCAUACCAAAAAAGGGAAUUAUUAUUGUAAAAGAAAACUAUUAUGACAUUUUAUAAAUUAAUUACACAAUUUUCAACGCAAUAAAUACUAUAUGAUUUACCAUUUUAGUAUCCUUAACCAGUGCCCCGGGGAAACGGUUAACAUUUUCCUUUCUAAAAUUGUUGGGAAGACUGUCUAGUUGUUGAACCAAAAUUAUAUUUCUACAGCAGAGUUGUUACCGUCAACACUACCUUAUUAUGAUCUUAAUGAUUCCAGCUACUGCAUAUUGGAGAAUGAUCUUGAACAUUUGCUGAAAGUGCUGGAAAUAAGGAGAGCCUUGCCGUUUCUGCAAGAUCCUCUACGUUAUUAGUUACAUGAUCCUAUCUUUUAACUGCGCACACAAUAUGAUGGCGAGUUUUCUGACCGAUUUGGCGAAGCCUUGUGUGGACAAAUUGAUAAAUGGGGCGAUCACAGAGUCAAGUUAUAUAUGUUGCUUCACGUGCAUUGCUAAGGAUUUUGAAGAAGAAAGAGCUAGAUUGGAAAUAGAAAAGACAACUGUUAUGCAACGUGUUGAUGUGGCAACCAGAAGAGGAGAGGAUGUUCAAGGUAAUGCUCUUUUUUGGGAAAAAGAAGCUGAUAAGCUCAUUCAAGAAGACACCAAAACAAAUCAAAGAUGUCUUUUUGGAUUUUGUCCCCGUAUCAUAUGGCAAUAUAGAAGGGGAAAGGAACUGACAAAUAAGAACGAGCAAAUCAGAAGAUUGAUUGAAACUGGAAAGGAACUUUCAAUUGGACUCCCUGCUCGUCUUCCAGAUGUAGAACGUUAUUCAUCCCAACACUAUAUUCCCUUUAAAAGCAGAGAAUCAAGAUACAAAGAGCUUUUGGAUUCAUUGAAAGAUGACAACAAUUAUGUAAUCGGGUUGAAAGGGAUGGGGGGCACAGGAAAAACUACAUUGGCAAAAGAAGUUGGUAAGGAACUUAAGCAAUCCAAAAAAUUUACUUACGUCAUUGAUACGACAAUGUCAUUAUCUUUUAAUAUCAGUAAGAUUCAAGAUGAUAUUGCUGGACCCUUGGGAUUGAAAUUUAAUGACUGUAGUGAAUCAGACCGACCGAAGAAACUAUGGAGUAGAUUAACCAAUGGUGAGAAGAUUCUUCUAAUACUGGAUGAUGUGUGGGGAGAUAUCAAUUUUGUUGAAAUAGGGAUUCCACAAAGUGGCGAUCACAAUGGCUGUAGAAUUCUUAUAACCACACGCAGUAUGUUGGUGUGUAACAAAUUAGAAUGCAGUAAAACAGUCCAACUAGAGCUCUUAUCUGAAGAAGAUGCGUGGACCAUGUUCAAAAGGCAUGCUGGUCUAAGCAAAAAUUCAACUAAAAUUUUUCUCGACAAGGGCCGUAAAAUUGCAAAUGAAUGCAAAAGGUUACCUAUUGCAAUUGCUGUCAUCGCCAGCAGUUUGAAGGGGAUACAACGUCCGGAAGAGUGGGAAUGGGCCUUAAAUUCCGUGCAGAAACAUAUGCCAAUGCACGAUGUUCAUGAUGAUGAUGAUCAUAUGGUUAAAAUUUAUGAAUGCUUGCAGUUUAGCUAUCAUAAUAUGAAGGAUGAGAAAGCUAAGAGACUAUUCCUCUUGUGUUCUGUUUUUCGAGAAGAUGAAGCAAUUCCUAUUGAAAGGUUGAUCAGAUUUGGCAUCGGAGUAGGCCUUUUGGGGGAAGUUUAUGGCAGCUACGAAAAUGCUCGAAGUCAAGUUGUUAUAUCCAAAAAUAAACUCCUAGAUUCUUGUUUAUUGUUGGAGGCCAAUCAAAACAGUGUGAAAAUGCAUGACUUGGUUCGUGAUGCAGCCCAAUGGAUAGCGAAGAAAGAGAUUCAAACAGUGAAGUUGUAUGAUAAAAAUCAAAAGGCAAUGGUUGAAAGGGAGAUGAAUAUUAGAUAUUUGUUAUGUGAAGGCAAGCUUAAGGAUUUGUUUUCCUUUAAGCUUGAUGGUUCCAAGGUUGAGAUUCUAAUUGUCAAUGUGCAUAAAGAUAAGGACUGUCACAAUGUGAAAAUCGAAGUCCCGAAUUCAUUUUUUGAGAAUAGUGCGGGCCUUCGAAUUUUUCAUUUAAUCUCUCCUCGUUUUUCUAAACUAUAUCUAUCAUUACCUCUAUCAAUUCAGUCAUUGAAGAAUAUUCGGUCUCUUCUUUUUACGCAUGUCUUUUUGGGUGACAUCUCUAUUUUGGGAAACCUGCAAAGCCUUGAGACUCUUGAUCUGGAUGAUUGUGAUAUUGAUGAAUUACCUCAUGGAAUCACAAAACUAGAUAAACUGAAAUUAUUGAACUUGACAAAUUGUAGAAUUUCAAGGAAUAAUCCUUUUGAAGUGAUUGAAGGAUGCUCAUCACUUGAAGACUUGUAUUUCAGAGGUAGUUUUAAUGGUUUUUGCAGAGAAAUAACUUUCCCUAAAUUGCAAAGGUUCUAUAUAGAUGAUCAAUUUUGCAGUUCAGUGGAUGAAUUAUCAUCAAAGUGUGUGUUUCUUAAAGUUAGAAUUGACAUUUUCCUAUCUGAAACAACACUCAAGUACUGUAUGCAAGAAGCAGAGGUGCUUAAACUAAGAAGAAUCGAGGGGGGAUGGAGAAAUAUCAUACCUGAUAUUGUUCCGUUGAAUCAAGGUAUGAAUGAUUUAGUUGAGCUUCAAUUACAAUUUAUUUCACAACUGCGGUGCCUCAUUGACACUAAGCAUAUUGCUUCUCAAGUACCAAAUGUCUUCUCCAUGUUGGUUGUACUAGAUCUUUGGAGGCUAGAAAAUUUGAAAGAAUUGUUCAAUGGCCCUCUUUCUUUUGACUCUCUAAACAGUUUAGAGAAGUUGUCCAUCAAGGAUUGCAAACAUUUGCAAAGCUUAUUUAAGUGCAACCUAAACCUAUUCAAUCUAAAGAGUGUGUCGCUGGAAAAAUGCCCGAUGUUGAUGUCCUUAUUUCAUCUGUCAACUGCUGUUAGCCUAGUGUUGUUGGAGAGAUUGGAAAUAGAGGACUGUGGAUGUCUUGAAUACAUAAUAGAUGAAAGAAAAGGGGAGGAAUCAAGAGGUGAAAUAGUUGAUGAUAAUGACAACACAAGUCAUGGCGCAAUGCUUCAGAAUCUGAAAGUUCUUAAUAUUAAGAAUUGUCCAAGGAUUGAAUUAAUACUUGCAUUUCACUCUGCUCAUGAUCUACCAGCAUUAGAAUCCAUCACAAUAGAACAUUGUGAUAAGGUGAAAUACAUAUUUGACCAAGAUCUCAAACUUGGUUCCCUCAAACAAUUCAAGCUUCAUGGCAUACCGAAUUUGAUCGACAUUUUCCCUGAAUGUAAUCGUACCAUGUCUUUCGCCAUUAAGGAAGCAUCUUCCAUAUCUGGAUAUGCUUCCCAGCCACAAGAAAAAUCAGACCCUAUCAAAUGCAAUAUCUUUUCAUGGACUAAUGUAUAUUGUUGGGGUAAAAAAAAUGGGCACAAAUUGAGGAGUACCACAAGUAAUCAAUUUCAAGUUCCGGACAACUUAAUGGAAUCAAAUUCAUAUCCCCUUAACAUAUGGGAACGUGCUCAAUGUCUUUCAAGACCAGCACUCUUGUGCAAUGUUGAAGAGAUUACAUUGAAGAAUGUUUCAAAGAUGAAAUCGGUAUUUAUCCUAUCUACAAAAUCAAGAAUGUUGUUGAAAACUUUGAAAGUUCUGAACUGUGAUGAAUUGAGGUACAUUAUAAUAAUAGACACUAGAGAUCAUCAUGAAAGCACUAGUGGCAACAACUGGGGCACUGUCUUCCCAAAAUUAACACAUGUUGAAGUUGAAGAUUGUGAGCAAUUGGAAUACAUAAUUGUACAUGAUGAUCAUCUUCAUUUUCAACUUCCAGAAUUGGAAUGGCUUUCUCUUUGGAAUCUGCCAAGUUUAGUUGGCAUGUGUCCUAAACAAUAUUACACAACAGCUCCAACUUUGAAAGGGUUUCAACUCCAUAAAUGCACGCAGUUUAAUAUAAAAUCUAUUGGUGAUUGCAUAACUCAUCAUUCAUUAACAAGAUCUCUGAACAAUACAAUCAUCAAGGAAUUGAGUGGGGAUGUGGAACAUUUUCGUGCUUUGGAAACACUCAAUGUAAACAAAAACUCUAAAGUAGAAAGUAUAUUUUGUCUCAAUGAAAGAAAUGAACAGCAAAUGAACUUAGCUUUGGAAGAAAUUAUUUUGGGUGUUCUGCCUAUGAUGACAUACCUUUUUGUGGGUCCCAAAAAUUCGUUUUCCCUCCAAAACCUUACUGAUUUAACAGUCAAGCGAUGUGAAAAAUUGAUAAUUGUUUUCUCUAAUUCUAUAAUAAGGUGUCUACCACAAUUGCGUCAUAUGAGAAUUGAAGAAUGCAAAGAGUUGACACAUAUUUUUGAAGAUGAUUUGGAGAAUAAAAAAUCCUCAAAUUUUAUGUCUACAACAAAGACAUGCUUCCCAAAGCUAAGAACACUUGCUGUGCAAAAGUGCAACAAGUUGUUAUAUGUCUUUCCAAUCUCCAUAUGUAAAGAGCUUCCUGAGCUAGAGGGUCUAAUGAUAAGAGAAGCAUAUGAGCUAGAGGAAAUAUUUGGAAGUGAAGGUGAUGAGAAAGUCAAUAUUCCGAAACUGAAAGUUGUGGCAUUUGUCAACCUACCAAGCCUUUGUCAAGCUCAAGGAAUUCAAUUUCAAGCUGUAAAACAUCGUUUCAUACGGAAUUGUCAAAAACUCUCUCUGGCUUCAGCAACAACAGCAGACCUCAAAAAUGAUAUUCGUGGUUUAUUAUCUUUCCACGGUUUUGAAUUGCACAAUGAUUUGACGAAGCUAUUCGACCAAUUACAUGAUGAGCCUGAAGGCCACGAUAAGAGUUCAGAAAUCACUUUCGUUCAAACAGCAUCAAGACACAAGUUGACUUCUUCACAGAAAGAAAUGGAACAAACAAUAGAGACAGAGCAUGAAUUUGUUGAAAAUGUUCCUCGACGAGAAAUGCCAUCAGUAGCAGUAAUACAAAAAAUUUCUGAUCAGUUGGCGAAACUGGUGCAACAACAUGAACUUGGAGAAACUGAUGCUACCGUCAAACCUUCUCAGGAAAAUAAUGUGGAGGGUUCAACUUUGUCCGCCACUUCAGAAACAACGAAUGAGCUACCUAUACAAUUAGUUGCUCUUAAACGAAAGGCACUUCAGAAACAUCUCAUUUUGCUUGGUAACGAAAUAAGUGUUGAAGAAGGAACCACAUCAGCUAAUGCCAAGAGAAUAACUUCAGCAGCUCAUUCAAAAUCAGUCAAUUCAUCAUUAAGUCAAUUAGCUACUUCUAAGCAUAAAACGACUUCACAGGAAGACGGUGAUGUCCAAAUAGCCAUAGCUUCUCCUCCAAUAGCCACUCAAGAUGUUGAUGUUGAAAUCUGGCAGGAAACUAGAAAGACUAAUGAUGACCAAGUUUCUCUAAAUGAUGAUGAUGUUGUGAAAGUAAGCUCAAAUAUUGAGGAUCAAUUUCCUAAAAAUGAUGAAAUAUUAGUUUCCAAAUCAAUACCAUCUUGUAUUGCAUCCCAGUAUCCUUCAAAGCCUACUGGAGAGGACCCUUCUCAAAAAGAAGAUUUCAGUUCUUCUUUGUUUGUCAAGAGGGAGCUUGAUCAACUAGUCUCCAAGAAGCAUUUCGAUUAUGAGAACUUGUCUUUUUUGACUGAUUUCUUUGUUAAGCAUCCUUCAAUUCUUUUAAAGGACACUUCAUUGAGUAACAGAUACAAGGGUUAUGCCUACAAUUGCCUAGCUGAGCUAUUGAAAUUCCUUCAAACUCGUAGUGUGUUGGAUGUGUUAGGUUCAAGCAACUCUGAAUUUGUCGAGUUAUUACAAGAUGUGCGCAGAUUUCCUUUUGAUAAGAAAUGGUUGGAUGGUGUUGAAAAGCGCGCUUUGUUUCCUGGUUUACAAGUCUCUCAAGAUGCAUUGCAAAAAUUGUUGGACUCAAAACAUAUUUUGACACAACAUGUGAUGGAUCUUAAGCAUCAAUUGGAUUCCUCUGAAGCUGUUUUGCAGAACAUCACUCAACAGGAGGCACAAAUUUUACAAACUCGAGCUGCUUUAAGUGAUCCUAUUGGCUAUUAGACUAUUUUAUUCCUUUCAUUCGCUCAAGCUGUUCUCUGCUUUAAUUCGUCCAUGAAUAUUAUGUAUUUCUUGGGUGGUUUUCAGUUUCUCAUCUCAAAUGAAUUAAUCAGCCUUACUGAAUUCCUGAUUUUUUAAAAUUCUUA